GCGACAUUUACGCCGUCUAUAAGUGAUUUUGUUGUAUCCUUGACGGAUUGUGCGCCAUCUAAUUCAGUCGUGCGCGCUUCUUCCUCCUAUGUGUUAUAUCGUAUCAUAAUGUUAUUCGUAAUUAAAGUAAUUCGAAAUUCAAUUUUAUAUAGAUGUGGUUAAAUCAUUGGUUUGAAUCACUUAUGCUAGUACAUUAACUAUUUUCUUGAAGAGGUUAUAAAGGAGGUUAUGAAAAUUGAUGGAAUUCAUUCAAAGAAUUGAAAAGUUUACAGAAGAACGAGAGGAAUACGAUGAAUCGGGAGCAAGAUGCCUCUUUGUUGCUCGCUGGUGCGCAAGAAACGCGGUCCGUCGCAGAUAAAAAAAUCGAUAUGGAAAGAAAAACAAUUUGUACACAAACGUCUAUGGAAGCUAUCCAAUUUAACGAGAAAAAUCAGGAUAACAAAGUAGAGAGUGAUAUGAAUCAAUUUCCUCCGUGCAUUUAUUUGAAACAAAAAAAAUCGUCGGCAUUUUGGUAUAUCGAUGAAGAUCCUGCUCCCCAAUGGCUAAUCGAGGAAGCCCUCGCUAGUGGGACUGAGCAGACAAAGGAAAAAAUAUCGUCGAACAUGGAAACUGAAUACAAAACGAUCAUAGCAGAACUUGAGAUACAGCUCACUAAAACCAGAGAAGAGCUUGAAGAAGCUUUAAAAGCAAAAUCUGCUGCAAAGGAAAAAUAUAAGAAAUCCUUAGAAAAUGUAAAGGCAGAAGCUCGAAAAGAAAACGAAAUGUUGCAAGAAAGAAUUGUGCGUAUUUGUACUUCUGUUUUGGAAAAUUUCGGUCCCUACUCCAUGGAUCGUAAAAGAUGCAGCAGUUUUCAAACUAAACCUAGAAAGUUAAAAUAUCAAAAGAAAAUUAUAAAUAAAUUACACAAAAAGUUACGAAUGGCAGUGACGAAAUUAAACAAAUUGAAACAAGAAUUGGCAACGACCCGAAAAAUGCUGAAAGACAAAUCGGAAGAACACGAUUCCAUGAGCAAAUGCUUCGAUCAGCUGAAGGAAGAAAUGGAAGCCGCCGAAACGAAUUUGAACGAAUUGAUAAGAGAGAACGUUUCCUUGAGAAAGAAGAUCGAUGAAACACGAGAAUGGUUGCAGCAAACUUCGGGAAAGGAGCAUAAUAUGAUUCGAGACACGAGGAACAGAGAAAUGGUCAACUUGAAGAAAAAAGUUGAAGAAGAUUCUGCGACGAUUGUUCAACUUAAACAAAAAUUAAUACGAUCGGACUCCGCAAAUGCCAACAAGGGAUUUUUACUGAACAGUUACAAAAGUCAAUUGAAAGACUUAACUAAAGAAAACAAUCAACUGACAUCUAAAAUUAACAGUUUGGAGAACGAGAUCAGUAAUAUUCGAAGCACUAAUUCACAGUUGAGAGCAAAAAUUUCAGUUUUAAAUGUUGAAAAAGAUAAGUUACUUUCAGACAAGGAAAAAUCGAAAACAGAUAUAAAGGAUAAGAUGGAAACAAAAUGUACCAAAAAAUGUGAAGAAAAGAUUCAAGAAAAUGAAGUUAUGAAAACUAAAUAUGAGGAAAUUAUUAAGACUUUAAAAACGAAAAUGUUGAUUACUCAAAAUGAGAAUAUUGAAUACUUAAAUGCCAUUAAGGAAUUUUUGAAGAAACUUUAUUAUGAGUACCAAGCAGAUUAUAAAUCGCACAAAAACUUAAAUGAAAGUGAAGCAAGUGAAAGAGAAGCUCAAGAAACUGCCUGUAAUAUUUUGAAUAUGACUCCAGAUGAAUUAUCUGGUUUCAUUAAUGGAAAAACUCAAAAUUCGAUUAAUUCAUGGAUUGUUGAAUUAAAUCGAAUAACAAAAACAGAUCAUUUUUCCAAAGAUUUAUCAAAGUUUUUAUUGAAAAAAGCAGUAAAGAAAAUAAAAACAUGA